AUGUUUCUAGGAUUUGUCAAUGAUGCCAGGGACAUCACACAGAUGUUUCUAGGAUUUGUCAAUGAUGCCAGGGACAUCACACAGCUGUUUCUUGGACUCCAGGGGAGACAGAGGAACAAAGUGACCAACAAUAGGAACAGGGGAGACAGAGAAACAAAGAAACCAACGAUAGGAACAGUGGAGACAGGGAACAAAGAGACCAACGAUAGGAACAGAGGACACAGAGAAACAAAGAGACCAACAACAGGAACAGUGGAGACAGGGAAACAAAGAGACCAACAACAGGAACAUGGGAGACAGAGAAACAACGAAGCCAACAACAGGAACAGGGGAGACAGAGAAACAAAGAGACCAACAAUAGGAACAUGGGAGACAGAGAAACAACGAAGCCAACAACAGGAACAGGAGAGGCAGAGAAACAAAGAGACCAACAAUAGGAACAGUGGAGACAGGGAAACAAAGAGACCAACAACAGGAACAUGGGAGACAGAGAAACAACGAAGCCAACAACAGGAACAGGGGAGACAGAGAAACAAAGAGAGCAACAAUAGGAACAGGGGAGACAGAGAAACAAAGAGACCAACAACAGGAACAUGGGAGACAGAGAAACAACGAAGCCAACAACAGGAACAGGGGAGACAGAGAAACAAAGAGAGCAACAAUAGGAACAGGGGAGACAGGGAACAAAGAGACCAACGAUAG